AUGCGAGGGAGCCGGCUGCAUCCAUCAGAAGUGACUUGUGUCCCUACAACCUCAGCUUCCCCCUACAACCCCAACAACCCCAGAUUCCACCUUAUAACCCCAGCUUCCCCCAACAACCCCAGCUUCCCCCUACAACCCCAGCUUCCCCCAACAACCCCAGAUUCCCCCACCAACCCCAGCUUCCCCCACCAACCCCAGCUUCCCCCAACAACCCGAGAUUCCACCCUAAAAACCCAGCUUCCCCCUACCUUCUCAGCUUCCCCCUACAACCCCAGAUUCCCCCACCAACCCCAGCUUCCCCUACAACCUCAGCUUCCCCUACAACCCCAGCUUCCCCUACAACCUCAGCUUCCCCUACAACCCCAGCUUCCCCUUACAACCCCAGCUUCGCCCAACAACCCCAGCUUCGCCCAACAACCCCAGCUUCCCCCUACAACCCCAGGUUCCCCCUACAACCCCAGCUUCCCCCUACAACCAUCAGCUUCCACUCUACAACCCCAGCUUCCCCCUACAACCCCAGCUCCCCCUACAACCCCAGCUUCCCCAACAACCCCAGCUUCCACCCUACAACCCCAGCUUCCCACUACAUCCCCAGCUUCCCCCAACAACCCUAGAUUCCAUCCAACAACCCCAGAUUCCCCCACAACCCCAGCUUCCCCCUACAACCCCAGCUUCCCCAUCAACCCCAGCCCCCCUACAACCCCAGCUUCCCCAACAACCCCAGAUUCCCCCUACAACCCCAGCUUCCUUAACAACCCCAGCUUCCACUCUACAACCCCAGCUUCCCCUACAACCCCAGCUUCCACUCUACAACCCCAGCUUCCCCUACAACCCCAGCUUCCACUCUACAACCCCAGCUUCCCCUACAACCCCAGCUUCCCCUACAACCCCAGCUUCCCCUACCCCUACAACCCCAGCUUCCCCCUACAACCCCAGCUUCCCCCUACAACCCCAGCUUCCCCUACAACCCCAGCUUCCCCUAUAACCCCAGCUUCCACCCUACAACCCCAGCUCCCCUACAACCCCAGCUUCCCCCAACAACCCCAGCGUCCACCCUAUAACCCCAGCUUUACAACCCCAGCUUCCCCUACAACCCCAGCUUCCCCCAACAACCCCAGCUUCCACCCUACAACCCCAGCUCCCCCUACAACCCCAGCUUCCCCCAACAACCCCAGCGUCCACCCUAUAACCCCAACUUCCACCCUACAACCCCAGCUUCCCCAACAACCCCAGAUUCCACCCUACAACCCCAGCUUCCCCUACAACCCCAGCUUCCUCCAACAACCCCAGCUUCCCCCAACAACCCCAGAUUCCACCUACAACCCCAGCUUCCCCUACAACCCCAGCUUCCCCUACAACCCCAGCUUCCUGAAAAUAACCCCAACUUCCACCCUACAACCCCAGCUUCCCCCAACAACCCCAGAUUCCACCCUACAACCCCAGCUUCCCCCUACAACCCCAUCUUCCUCCAACAACCCCAGCUUCCACUCUACAACCCCAGCUUCCCCUACAACCCCAGCUUCCACUCUACAACCCCAGCUUCCCCUACAACCCCAGCUUCCACUCUACAACCCCAGCUUCCCCUACAACCCCAGCUUCCCCCUACAACCCCAGCUUCCCCCUACAACCCCACUUCCCUAUAACCCCAGCUUCCCCUAUAACCCCAACAACCCCAGCUUCCCCCUACAACCCCAGAUUCCACCCUACAACCCCAGCUUCCCCUAUAACCCCAGCUUCCCCUACAACCCCAGCUUCCCCUACAACCCCAGCUUCCCCAACAACCCCAGCUUCCACCCUACAACCCCAGCUCCCCUACAACCCCAGCUUCCCCAACAACCCCAGCGUCCACCCUAUAACCCCAACUUCCACCCUACAACCCCAGCUUCCCCCAACAACCCCAGAUUCCACCCUACAACCCCAGCUUCCCCUACAACCCCAGCUUCCUCCAACAACCCCAGCUUCCCCAACAACCCCAGAUUCCACCCUACAACCCCAGCUUCCCCCUACAACCCCAGCUUCCUCCAACAACCCCAGCUUCCUGAAAAUAACCCCAGAUUCCACCCUACAACCCCAGCUUCCCCUACAACCCCAGCUUCCCCUACAACCCCAGAUUCCUGA